UGAACUUUCAAAAAACAAAAGCGCUCCUCGAGAUUAGAAGUGCCAAUGAACAAGCUCUUCAAUAGCUAACUCUAGCCAGAAGUAAAUGCAACCAAGCUCCUCCUGGCUGUGGCGACGACUCGUGGGAACGGUGUAACUACCUUGAAAGCUACCAAAGGUUCGGGAGCUGUAUUUUAAAAGUUAUAAUUAAAACAGGAAAGAUGGGUCAAGAUGAUGCGGAACCAACAGGGGUUCCAGCCGCUCCAUAUCCGCCCAUGCAAUCCUCACGAUACCCUUCUGCUCAUGUGACAACGACGCGCUCUUCAUUGAGUUCUACUCCCCAGUACACGUCAUCCUCCACAACUGGCACUGGACGUCACGGUGGUGAUGCCUCGAACAUGAAGUCUCCUGAUUCGGCGGCUACCAUGGAAGGAUCUUCCAUGCGUCGGGGUUCAGCAACGGCGACUUCUGUAGGAGUACAAGUGCAGGACCAUUUAGCUGCAGCCUCUUCCAAUGCUCGAGUGGGAAAUGCCGCGAAUACUGCGGCGCGUCAGGCUGUGUCUCGCAUUCAAUUUUGCCACGCCAAUGUGGUAGCAUGCAUCAAUUGCCAGCCGCCGCCUCCUCUACCCGUGAUUGCAGCCUCCAAUACAGCAGCAACACAACAAGAUUCACCGUAUGCAGGAGCUCCGUCGGCACAGCCAACACCACCGCGUGUCAAUCGCAAACUGGGACCCAUCUUAUUGGAUCUUCGACAGAUUGUGGCAGUCCCUCAGCAUUACAGCAGUCGACUGGGACAGCACGAACACCAUCAUCAAUCCACAGAAAUGCCAACUCUGUUUACAACUCGGACACUUACACUGUCACGCGGAAAUCCUUCCUUGGGGACAAGUGUCUCCUCGACUUGUCUGGAUGUAUCUAGUAUUCUACCAGCCUUUGGCGCCACCCAGAAACCGUCUCCCUGUGCCACUGGUUUGACCACGGGAGCCUUGUGUAUUCAUACCUUUUCCACAGAAACCACAACUGACGAUGGGGGCGACUCCUUGGCAGCUUCCAUUGAAUACUUUCAUACACCCCGACAUCACCGACCAGCCACAGCCGUGUCUUGGAGAAGUUAUAAUAGUCGCCAUGUUGCAGUUGGGUUGGUCAGUAGUGCCAUGGCAGGGGCUACACCCAUUUCAUCGAGUCAUCAUCAUCACAUGAACGUCAAUAAUCAUAUGAAUAUGAACUUGCCCGCCAUGAAUGCUCGUAGGGGAGGCACCAAUAAUCCAGUCGUCACGGGAGUAAGAGGAGGUGGCGGUGGGGGAAGCGGGGGAGGUGGAGAUCGAGAAUUCUGUUGCUUUCUCUGGGAUAUUGAACAUCAGGCAGCCGGUAGCGGGACCAAACGUACCAAUACGUCUCCCUUGUUCAAGUUGUCCCACAAUGCCGGUGUUGCAUCUCUGGCCUGGCUUUUGGACGGUGGACAGACACUGGCUGUGGGUGGACAGCAGCGAAACAUUCAAUUGUAUGAUUUACGUGUGUCUGGCACGAGCAGUGCCACACCACCAAUCAGCGCCUUUGGGCACAACUUUGGUGUGCAUGGCAUUGAAGUGGAUCCAUUCCGACCUCAUCAAUUCGCAACCUUUAGUCGUUCUGCUGAAGAGCCUGUCAAAAUCUGGGAUGCCCGACGCAUGGAUUCAGUAGUGAGUGAAAUCAAAAUUGGUGGCAUACUUCAAGCUGCAACUUCACAAUCCACGACGACAACCACCGACAACCAUAACAAUGCAGCCAACAAGAGUGCCACAGUAUCGGCCCUUCGAUGGUCAUCCAGAGAGUCUGGUGUACUGUCCAUUUCAAUUGCGGAUGUGGUGCUGGAUUACGAUACAUCCUCUCGUCCAGUAUUGUCUCGAGUCAGCAGAGGAAAGGGGCCCAUCCUAGACAUGGCUCUGUAUCCUGGUUUACUGCCUUCAACCGAUAGUCCAAGUGUUGUUCCAAGGGCGAAACCAGGACAAAAACAGCCAGCGGCUGCGACAGCCGAAGGAAUCAACGACAUGUCAUUAAUUACAGAGUUGUACCCUCAACGAAUGCUCGUCGUCGUUGACGAUCGCUCGGUGCAGGACAUGGCGAAGCAUACAUCUGCUCCACUGGCAGUAUCACGCCGUGAUGGUCGAGUUGUUCAUUCGUUGGGAAAAUAUCUAUUCUUGGGAACGACACGGUCAGGGCCAAUGGCAAUGGAGUCGUUGAAGUUCCGUUCUGAUGAGGACAUUUCCGCCACCAUGAUGCGACGGGCCCGAUGCGUCCAGGUCGCGCGGUAUUCCAUGGACACUACCUCGAAUAUUCGACUUUUGGCGGAAGAAGCACCUCUGGAUAGGCUGUCAUCGAAUCGGGAUGCUCUGCUUCGGCUGUGGACAUGGAUUGAUCGAAUGGAGUCGUUGUGCGGCUCCCACGAGGAGAUGGGAGCCAUGGAAGACGGAGGCACGUUUUGGUCAACAAAAGGAUUUGACGAGUGCGGGGUUUGGAAACUACUAGACUUUGACAGUGAAAGGCAUACAGAUACUAUCGUUCGCUCCGAUGCCUUGGCGUGUGAUGUCUAUGAAAGUCCUGUGCGAAGAGCCGGGCUGACGGCAUGCGGCUGGACCGGACGGUUUGAUUUGUCUAAUGUUCUGGCGGAAUGUGAAAGCUUGGGCGAGUACGAACGCUCCGCCGCCUUGGCAGUCUUCCACGGCAGCUUGGGAUCAGCUGUGGAUGCACUGCAAAGAGGGGCAGACGCCAUACACCGGCACUUUUCCGACAAUGGACGACACGAUCUGCCUGCUGAGGCUCCACAAUACGCUGAAACGCUACAGUUGGUGGCCAUGUGCAUCGCUGGGUUUGGUGGCAUUGAUUCCAAGUCCCCCUCCUCGGGCGUGUGGAGGAAAGCUUGCGAAAGCCUGAUGCGACGACCCGACAUGAGCGGAGACAACCUGCGAACCAGCCGGACAGCGUAUCUACGAGCUUUGUGCACAUUCCUCAUCAACAUUAGCACAGGCCGCAGCUACGAUGGCGUGCUGGAAGACAACAACCUUAGUCUUUGCGACCGCGUGGCGUUUGCGUGCCGAUUCCUCGGUCGAGUACAGCUCCAGCACUAUCUUCAAAAGUGUGUGGAUUCUUGUCAGGCAAGUGGCAAUAUUGAGGGGCUGGUCAUUACGGGUAUUGCAAAGGAGGGGAUUCGAAUUAUUCAAAGCUAUGUCGAUCAGACGGCAGACGUUCAAACAGCCGCGCUGGUAACAAGUCGCGUGAUUCUCCCUGUGGAUUGGACUCCCGAACGACGCAUCUGUGCCGAAUUUUUGGAUGCCUACCGGACACUGCUCAAUACGUGGCAAAUGUGGCAAUCUCGUGCCAUGUUUGAUGUGGACCGUGCCGAUUUGCUCCGUCGCAUCAAGAUUCGCCAAGCCGAUGCGGCUCAUCAUCACCAGGGAGGAGUACUACCUCACAACAUGAAGAACUAUCCCACUCGUCGUGUUCAGUCUCGCGGGGUACGCCAAGGAGUCCGACAACCCGAUCCCGAUAUAUUUCCUUCGGUUCCGGCGCAGUUGGAUGCGCGAUGCACCUACUGUUCCGCCUCGUUGGGACUGCGACGCCUGGACAAUCACGCCAAUCAGUGGUUAUCGAAAAUGAAACCGGUUCUUUCCUGCUGUCCCUCGUGUCAAAAGCCGCUCCCGCGCUGUGCGAUUUGUCUCUUGUCGUUGGGCGCCCUGAAUCCGUACAUGGAACUGACCCGCGAACGAGAACGCACCACCCGAGUCGGUCAAGUGACGCUGCCCGUUCCCGACGACCUGUCGUCUUUGGCCAAUCUUCCCUUUGCCGAAUGGUUUACCUGGUGCAUGACUUGCAAACACGGCGGACACGCACAUCAUUUGGUCGGUUGGUUUGCCAAUCACAGUGUGUGUCCCGUGAGUGGUUGCGACUGUCGAUGUCAAUUUGAUGGGAUUCAAAAGUUGAAUCGUCCCGCCUUGAUGAUCCAGCCACAGCAGCAGCAGCAGCAGCAACAGCAACAAUAGUGGUAAAGCUCAGCUAGGAACCGGUAGAUUGUUGCUGGAUCACAUAUAUCAAUCAAUCAAAUCAUUGAUUGUGCAGUCUAUCUUUGACUGGUUUGCACGACAACCGAUGAAUGGGACUGGGUCCAUGCGUGUGCAACGCUUGCAAGUGUUCUCGAGUCGCAUAUCCUUUAUGCCGAUCAAAUUGGUAGUCUGCUCUUAGUUCUGGAGUCACAAUUUCUUGUAGGAGGGAUUCGUGAUGCACUCGAGCAAUAAUGGACGCCAGUGCCACCGAGUAGACCGUCUCAUCGCCUCCCUUCCAAGCGCGAGAUGGAAUCGAAAUCUUGUCGUGUAGUAGAAUUUUGGGACUCUUGUGUCCGUCGGUAAUGCAAUAGAACUGGUCGUCCAUACAUGCAUUAGUUUUGGACGCGUCUUGUCCAGUAAUUAUUUGUUGCAUCACACGGUCUAUGGACUCUUGAAAACAUUCCUUGGUGGCUUGUUCUAGUGACACGUCGUCAAUGACUUGAUUGGAUCGCGAGGCCACACCCCACACAAUCCCGGAUUGAUUUUGGAGUAUUUGCUGGUAGAUUUGGUUGCGUUGUUUCUUGGAUAAUCGCUUGGCGUCGUCGACCCCUGGAAUUACUACUGACGAUAAAUGAGUGAUACAACAACUGGCCGUGACAAUGGGCCCUGCAAUACACCCCGUUCCCGAUUCGUCGCUACCAAUCACAAACGGAAAUCCCCGCUUGUGCAAACCCUCUUCAAUCAGCAGAGUUUCCUGGGGGCGUCGCUUUCGCAGAGGCUUGUUGCGACGAUUGUUAGAAGACGCCAAUCCCUGUACAAGAGGAGAUGUCCAUACGAAGAGAAGCAGCAGCAGGAGCAGCGACGGUGGAAGCAUCUUUAGCAUUGUCUCUUCUUUAUUGUGAUUCUUGGGUGUUUUGUGUGGUCAAGGCUUAGCGAUGAGGAUCUUUUGGAUCUUUUGGUGGUCUCAUUUUUCAUUAGGGCUCAGGCGAACAUGUUUUGACACCCCUUCCGACACGUCAUCGGAAGCAC